UUCGUCCGUUGGCUGCCACAGGAUUCCGAUUUUCACAGUGCACUUGAAUGCGGCUACAACGCGAAUUUCAGCUCCAUUCUGAACAACUCUAGUUCAAUAAAGAAUAAAUCAAUAUGACAUCUUCCAAAAAUGCAAGAGGAGUCAACUUGACAGCGAUUACACUUCUUCUUUGCCUGUCGUCGGUUAUAGGUGACUACUGUGACGUGAAUAAUUGCCAUAAUGGAGGAACGUGCGUGACAGGGGUAGGAGAUGAACCCUUCAUCUGCAUCUGUGCAGACGGAUUUGCCGGCGACACAUGCAACCUUACAGAGACGGGACCUUGCAGUCCCAACCCCUGUAAGAAUGACGCGUCUUGCCAGGUAAUCACUCCUACCAGAAGGGGAGACGUUUUCACCGAGUACAUCUGCAACUGCAGGGCAGGCUUCGAGGGUGCUCAUUGCCAAACCAAUGUGAAUGACUGCGCCAACCGACCUUGUAAGAACGGAGGCCUAUGCAGAGAUCUCGAAGGCGAUUACUCGUGUCAGUGCCCGUCACCUUAUGUUGGGAAGCAGUGCCAUUUACGUUGUAUUUCUCUACUGGGAAUGGAGGGAGGAGCAAUCACAGAGUCCCAGAUUUCAGCUUCUUCUGUGCACUAUGGUAUUCUGGGUCUUCAGCGCUGGGGCCCAGAGAUGGCCCGCCUCAACAAUCAAGGUAUCGCCAAUGCCUGGACAUCAGCUGCCCAUGACAAGAAUCCUUGGAUCGAGAUUGACCUGCAGAAGAAGAUGCGUCUAACAGGAAUAAUAACGCAAGGUGCCAGUCGCAUGGGCACAGCAGAAUACAUAAAGGCCUUCAAGGUGUCCAGCAGCUUCGAUGGAAAGUCUUAUACCACAUACAGAAUGGAUGGACAGCGGAGAGACAAGGUUUUGGUGGGCAACACAGAUAACGACAGCACAAAGACCAAUCUUUUUGACCCACCCAUCGUGGCCCAGUACAUCCGUAUAAUUCCUGUGGUUUGCCGAAAGGCGUGCACGCUGCGCAUGGAGUUGGUGGGAUGCGAACUCAACGUUUCUUCAAACACAACAGGGUGCUCCGAGCCAAUGGGAAUGAAGUCUCGGCUGAUCUCAGAUAGCCAACUUUCAGCCUCCAGCUCCUUCCGCACGUGGGGCAUCGAUUCCUUCACUUGGCUGCCUCAGUUUGCCCGUCUGGAUAAGCAAGGGAAGACGAAUGCGUGGUCUCCUUCCCAAAACAACCGAUCAGAGUGGAUCCAGGUGGAUCUUGAGAAGACAAAGCGCCUGACGGGCAUCAUCACUCAGGGCGCCAAGGACUUUGGGGUGGUGCAAUUUGUGUCUGUGUUUAAAGUGGCUUACAGUAAUGAUGGGGAGUCUUGGAGUCUGGUGAAGGACAUUAACACAGACAGCGAUAAGCUUUUCCAAGGUAAUAUUGACAACAACAGUCAUAUGAAGAACGUAUUUGAGCCACCGUUCUAUGCCCGAUUUGUCCGAGUGGUUCCCUGGGAGUGGCACGAGCGCAUCACCCUACGCAUGGAGCUGCUGGGCUGCGAUGACUAGAAAUUCAACUUUCUUUCUCAGAGGUAUCACUACAGUAUAUUUCAUUUGAUCAGCUGCUCCUCUGACAAAGUUUACAUGGCACUGUAUAACGCUCUGGAGGAAGAUCAUCUUGGCGGAAUAGCUGAAACGUUCACAUUCUUUGUGUGUGUGUGUUUUUGUGUGCGUGUGUAUGUUUUUAAUGCUUUGACUUUGCAUAUUUCUACGGUGUAUCUACACUCUAAAUUGUAUUAUGUUAAAAUCUUACAAUUAAUCCACUGACUUUGACAUGUACAAGCCUCCAUGCUAAUUCUGCUGCUGUUGAGUUUAAGAACACACACGUGUUGUAACAAGCAAAACAUCAUUCUCAAGGACAACUUUUAUUGCACAAGUGGAGCACAAAGUAGCAUGACGAAGCGUGGUUAGUACGAUGCGGCUUUUGGUCCGCUGUGAUUCCUGUAGAUAUAGUACUUUUUGUUUACAUAUUUCAGAUGUAUUUCUUAUUCAUGCUUUGGAAAAAAAAUAUUUGGAUGCAACAAUUUCACAGCACAAAAUGUGUAGAAAAGUAAGGAUGAAACGUUUUUGAAAAUUUAUUCUUGAACUACAAUAAAGGUCAUUGAUUAAUAAUGACUAUUCAA